AUAUAUAAGAGGAUCGGUCCUCGGUGAGAAGUCCAAUAUCUGAUCUCAAAAUCCAAUCUCUCCAUUAAAUUGUGAGAAAUGGGAGAGAUGGAAAGUGAUGAAGUUAUAGUAGAAGACUCAGUAGACGAGAAGCAAGAAGGAGUGUCGCAGCAGGAACUUGUUGGUAAGAAACUUUCAUGGAACAGGUUGAGGCGAUACGACUCUCUUGACAUCGAAUCCCGCCGCAUUCCUGGUCAUCGCGGCCAUGGCUAUAAGGGUGAUGAUUGGUCGGUGAUACUACAACUAGCAUUCCAGAGUAUUGGAAUAGUUUAUGGAGAUAUUGGAACAUCACCUCUAUAUGUGUAUGCAAGCACCUUCACCAAAGGCAUCGAGCAUGAAGACGACGUUCUCGGUGUUCUUUCUUUGAUCUUUUAUACUCUCACCUUAAUCCCUUUGGUUAAGUACGUUUUAAUCGUAUUAAGGGCCAACGACAACGGUGACGGUGGGACAUUUGCAUUGUACUCCCUCAUAUGCCGAUAUGCCAAAGUGGGUUUGACUCCAAGCGAGCAAGCAGAGGACAGAGAGGUCUCCAAUUUCAAACUUGAGUUGCCGAAUGAACGUUUAAAGAGGGCAUCGAAGAUCAAGUCGAAGCUGGAGAAGAGCAGGUUUGCCAAGUACUUUCUGUUGUUCGCCACCAUGCUCGGCACUUCUAUGGUCAUUGGUGAUGGUGUUCUCACUCCUUGUAUUUCAGUUCUGUCUGCUGUUGGAGGCAUCAAGCAAGCUACAUCAGAUAUGACUCAAGAUAUGAUUGUUUGGAUAUCAGUAGGCAUCUUGGUUUGCUUAUUCAUGGUACAAAGAUUUGGAACCGACAAAGUGGGCUAUAGUUUUGCUCCAAUCAUAUGUGUAUGGUUUGCAUUGAUUGGAGGCAUUGGAAUCUACAAUUUCAUCAAAUUCGAUCCAACGGUUGUCAAAGCAAUUAAUCCAAAAUACAUAGUUGACUAUUUCAGGAGGAACAAAAAAGAUGCUUGGAUUUCCCUUGGUGGUGUGGUAAUGGCAAUAACAGGAACCGAAGCUCUGUUUGCCGAUGUUGGCCACUUCACCGUUAAAUCCAUUCAAAUAAGCAUGUGCUGCGUGACAUACCCGGCUCUCAUAUUGGCAUAUACCGGCCAAGCCUCUUGGCUCCGCGAGCACCGUCUUAUGGUUGCAGAUACAUUUUACGAGUCUAUCCCAAAACCUUUAUAUUGGCCAAUGUUUGGGGUUGCUGUAGCAGCAUCAAUCAUAGCCAGUCAAGCUAUGAUUUCAGGAACUUUCUCUAUAAUCCAACAAUCUCUCUCAUUAGGGUGUUUUCCUCGGGUUAAGAUCACACACACAUCGACCAAGUAUGAAGGGCAGGUUUAUGUUCCUGAAGCGAAUUACUUUCUGAUGCUGGCUUGUAUAGGAGUCACUCUAGGUUUCAGAAGUACUACAAAGAUUGGCAAUGCCUACGGGAUAGCAGUGGUGUUUGUAAUGACGCUUACAUCAUCCUUCCUAGUAUUAAUCAUGGUAAUGAUAUGGAAAACUAACCUGCUUUUGGUGAUUGCCUAUGUUGCUAUUAUUGGCUCUGUGGAGCUUAUUUAUCUAAGCUCGGUCCUCUACAAAUUUGAUCAAGGAGGAUAUCUUCCACUUGCUUUUGCCUUGGCAUUAAUGACUAUAAUGUUUGUUUGGAACGAUGUGUACCGAAGGAAGUACUAUUACGAGCUUGAGCACAAGAUUUCUCCGGAGAAGGUGAAAGAGAUUGCUAACGAUUCGAGGUUUUGUACAGUCCCUGGCCUUGCCAUGUUCUACUCCGAACUUGUUCAGGGUAUUCCACCCAUCUUCAAGCAUUACGUGUCCAAUAUACCUGCCCUGCACUCUGUUCUUGUUUUAGUCUCCAUUAAAUCUUUACCGAUAAGUAAGGUUUCGGUUGAAGAACGGUUUCUCUUUCGUAGAGUUGAGCCUAGAGAGCUAAACAUAUUUCGAUGUGUUGCAAGAUAUGGAUACACCGAUGUUCGAAAUGAAGAGGAACCCUUUGAGAGAAUUUUGGUUGAAAAGUUGAAGGAGUUUAUAAAGGAUGAUUUUUACUUAGCCAAUGUGAUAAUGCAUCAUCAAAAUGGAGGAGAGCCUGUUGAGAAGGAUGGAGAAUUUAGUGAUAAUGAGGAGGCAAAGCAAUUAGCAGCAGAGGAGCAGAAGCUAAAUGAGGCGUUAGAGAGAGAGAUUAAGGCGGUUGACAAUGCAUGGGAAGCUGGGGUUGUACAUUUGGUAGGUGAGAACGAAGUGAUAGCUAGUAAAGGAGCUGGUAUGGGAAAGAGAAUCUUGAUUAACUAUGCUUUCAAUUUCUUGAAGAAAAACUUGAGGCAGAGUGACAAAGUGUUUGAUAUUCCUCGCAAACGCUUGCUUAAAGUUGGAAUGACUUACGAACUAUAGAUCACUUUGACAAAAGUAGGUAUAGGGGAUGAGGUUACUUUUCAGCUUAAGCAAUGAAGCUUUUGUAAGGUGAAUUGUUAUUAUUGUUAAGUAUAUAUAUAUAUAUAUAUAUAUAUCAAAUAGAUGAAAGAAUUGUGGCAAAGAAACCUUUUCUCGAAAGGGCAAAUUGAGCACACAAUUGUUAUUUAUGUUGCAAAAAACAUAAUUAUAC